AUGUGUAGUGAAAAAUUCUUCAUAUGGUACAAGCAGGAUAACUUCCUCUAUCAACCAGAUGAGCAAGUUCCAAAGAAAAAGACCAGCUGCUACAAGGAAGAUACUCUUAAUCUUGCAACCAGAUUGACCCAAUUAGCACUUGAUGGAACAGCUACAAAGGCCUUGGACAAGAUAUUCAAAUGUCAGGAUAUAUCUAUACCUACAAAUAUCAGAAUGGUUAUGCUGGCUGCUUCUUACUGGUCCCUUCUUGAACCUGCUAUUGAACUAGCUGAGGACUCUGGGAAGUUUGGAGCCUUCGCCUUCCUCCCUGUAGCCAUUGGCUUCACUCUGGGAGCAGCAUUUGUAUACCUCACUGACCUCCUCCUUCCAUGGCUGGAUAUCAAUGUAUCUCCUCAAACAUCACUGGCUUUAAGUUACAAUUCAAAAGUGAUUAAGGAGAAAUAUGAACAGCAGGCCACGGAUCCUCAGGAGUAUGAAAAUGAACUGUCCAUCCGGAUAGGUAGAACAGCUUUACAUUCAGGCAAGCAUCCUGUCAUAUACCAUCAAGUUAAUAUGAUAGUAGUGUGCAUAUGUCUGUGUAUGUGCAUAUACACAUCCUACAUGAUGUGAAAAAAAUUAAGAAAAUGGAUAGCUUCUUUCUUUGGUAUUUUUCAUCUUCUAAAUUUCUACCUUAGAUCCUAAUAUUUGCAUGUCAUAUUAACUGUUUACAAUGCUCUUUGCUUUGGAAGAUGGCUAUUCUAUUUGAAAUGACGAAUCCUGAUUCUUUGAUAUUCAUGUAGGCUCUCUAUGGUUUCAGUGAGUUCCUUGUCUGUUUCCUCUAUGACUUCCUUCACUUGGCCUGUUUGGAAGUUACUUAUCAGCUGGUGGAAUAGUAAAGUAUGCUAACUAUCCACUGUUAAGCACAGGUAGAAGCUCUCUUCCUUAGUAAUUCUUAUCAAGAUAAUAGUUUCCCUGUUGCUGAGAGAGUUAGGGAGAAUUAUCCUAAUUCUAAUCCUAAUCAGUAAGAACAGGCUUGGGUUCACUGGCCCUAGUGCUUUCAUGUCCAGUCCAUUGAUUUUCCCUGCCCAUUAAAUAGCUCUUUGGCAAGCUGGGAAGGGCAUAAUACCCCAAUUGGCAUAAAGGUGGAGGCAAGAAAUUCUUUCCUGGAAUUCAAGCUGUUGAAAGCUGGGAUACAUUAUUAUUUUGUAGGUCUGGUUUGGGACCUCAGUGGGACCACUCCAUUAGAUUAAAAAAGCCAGGGACACAAAAAUAAGAA